AUGUAUUUCCGUAUUGUGAUGACAACUUGGGAACUUUUAAUACAUAUCCUUAUAGAAGAGCUGGGGGGCGGCAAGGGUGGAGGCGGAAGCGGAGGCGGAGGAGGAACUACCAGUAAAUCCAAUGGAAAGUCAAGUCCAUACAAAGGUGGCGGCGGGAGCUCCUCAUACUCGUCUGCUUUGCUGGUAACAUUAUCUAUCAUAUCGAUUAUUGGAUGUGGAAUUUGGCGUUGUCAUAGAAUAAGAAGAAAUUCUAAAGCCGAACUAGAAAAUAAUAAAAUGGAAUUUGGUGAAAAUUAUAAUCAUAGCAGACCUUCCUCAGCUUAUGCUUCUUCAACCGGAAUUCCAAUACCCUCAACUUCGUUUCCUGCUCCAAUUUACGGUGAUAACUAUUCACCAUAUAAUAAGGUGGCACCUUCUUCCAAAAGUUUUGAUUCUAUGGAUGAGAUUAUGCCAAAGAAAAAAUAUAAAUCCUAA